GGGCGGACCCCGCACUGCCGGCGGGGAGGAUGGGGCCGCGGGCCAGGCAAGGGCGGGAGCCGGUCUCCCUGGGCCCGGGGGACCAGCCUGCCCGCGCCGGGGUUGUAGGACUCCGAGCCCCGGACUGCUCAGCAGUAAAUCUGGUUCCUUCUCAGCCCGGGUCUGUGGCGACUCGUCGCGGGAAAGUCGCGCCUCCCUCCGCGGCCGCCCCCCAGGGGCCCCAGCCCGCUGCCCUGAACCCGUGCUGUGCUGCGUUUGUUCUUGUUGUUGUUGUUUUUAAAGAUUUCACUUACUUGUUUGUUUGUCAGAGAGGCCGAGACAGGGAGAGAGCUCCAGCAGGGCCGCAGGCAGAGGGAGAAGCUGGCCGCGUGCGGGGCUGGCCCCCACCCGAGCUGACCGCACAGGCUCCCCCGACUGAGCCACCCAGGCGUCCCUGAGCCCAUGUGUCGCCAGGGAGACGGGCACCCAGGGCGCGGUGGAAGGCUGCCGCGUCUGCACGAGGGAAACCCUAGCUUGGGGGACAAGAAGCGUCCUCCAGCUCUGACCCGUGUUUCCGUCCUUUUUCCCGCUGGGAUCCAGGUCGCCUUCCCCGUGUCCAGGAGCCAUGGAGCCCACCGCGGGUGACCUACAGCUUGUGCCUGGGCCAGCAAAGGACAUCGCAGCUCCCGGUGCCACGUGCCGCCGUGUGACCCUCUCCGCGGUGGUGGCCACUGGCCUUGUCCUGGUCACCCUGGCGGUCCUCGUGGCCUCCCUCUCUACACAGGGUGUGGACGUGGAGCACACGGCCGAGCUCCGAGGGGUCCGGUAUGCCGGCAGCUUGCAGCAGACCACCUCCGACUACUACCGCGCGCUGACGCCCACGCUGGAGAGGCUGUUCGCAAGCAGCUUUCAGGAGACGGAGCUGGAGGCCAGCUGUGUGGGCUGCACUGUGCUGGGCUACUGGGAUGGGAAUCCCAGUGUCUUCGUGCAUUUCUGGCUGCGCUUCCUGCUGCGAGGCCUGCGGUCCCUGAGUCUGGGCCUGCAGGAGGAGCUGCUGCGGCAGGGGCUCCGGGCGCGGCUGCGGGGCCGGGGCAUCCCCCUGGCCGCCCACGGCGCCAUCCUGUCCGCCGAGCUCACAGGCAACCGGGAAGGGCCACUGACGGAAAGAGACUUGAAGUCAGGUCGCUGUCCUGGGAACGCCUUUUCCUGCCGGAACAGCCAGUGUGUGACCAAAGUGAACCCGGAGUGCGAUGACAGAACCGACUGCUCGGACGGAUCUGACGAGGCUCAGUGUGACUGCGGGCUGCAGCCUGGCUGGAAGACGGCCGGCCGGAUCGUGGGCGGCGUGGAGGCGUCCCCCGGGGAGUUCCCGUGGCAAGUCAGCCUUCGAGAAAACAACGAGCACUUCUGCGGGGCGGCUGUCGUCGGGGCGCGGUGGCUGGUGUCUGCGGCCCACUGCUUCAGCGAAUUCCAGGACCCGAGAGAGUGGGUGGCCUAUGCGGGCACAACAUACCUGAGCGGCGCGGAGCCCGGCACGGUGCGGGCACGCGUGGCCCGCAUCACCCCACACCCGCUGUACAACCCGGACACGGCCGACUUCGACGUGGCGGUGCUGCAGCUGGACGGGCCCUUGGCCUUCGGCAGACACGUCCAACCCGUGUGCCUGCCCGCCGCCACGCACGUCUUCCCGCCCCGCAGGAAGUGCCUGAUCUCCGGCUGGGGCUACCUGCGGGAGGACUUCCUGGUGAAGCCAGAAACGCUGCAGAAAGCCACUGUGGAGCUGCUGGACCAGGGCCUGUGUGCCAGCCUGUAUGGCCACUCGCUCACCGACAGGAUGGUGUGUGCCGGCUACCUGGACGGGAAGGUGGACUCCUGCCAGGGUGACUCAGGAGGCCCCCUGGUCUGCGAGGAGCCCUCCGGCAGGUUCUUCCUGGCCGGCAUUGUAAGCUGGGGGAUUGGCUGUGCAGAAGCCCGGCGUCCCGGGGUCUACGCACGUGUGACCAGGCUGCGGGACUGGAUCCUGGAGGCCAUCACCACAGCGAGUGAGCCUCUGGCCCCCACUGUGGCUCCCGCCUCUGCCACCCCCAGCAGGGCCUGGCCCACCAGUCCCGAGAGCCUGGUGGUCCACACCCCUGCCAGACCCACACGGGGUCCCAGCACGGCGCCUCCUGAUCCGGUGACCGCCUCUAAGCCACAAGAGUGCGGGGCCAGGCCGGCCAUGGAGAAACCCACACGGAUCGUGGGUGGGCUGGGGGCCGCCUCUGGAGAGGUGCCCUGGCAGGUCAGCCUGAAGGAAGGUUCCCGGCAUUUCUGCGGCGCGACCGUGGUGGGCGACCGCUGGCUGCUGUCAGCUGCCCACUGCUUCAACCACACGAGGGUGGAGCUGGUGCGGGCCCAGCUGGGCACCGCGUCCCUCGCGGGCAUUGGCGGCACCCCGGUGAAGGUGGGGCUCAGGAGGGCGGUGCUGCACCCCCAGUACAACCCCGGCAUCCUGGACUUCGACGUGGCCGUGCUGGAGCUGGCCAGGCCCCUGGGUUUCAACCCGUUCAUCCAGCCGGUGUGCCUGCCGCUGGCCAUCCAGAAGUUCCCGGUGGGCCGCCGCUGCGUGGUCUCCGGCUGGGGCAGCACGCAGGAGGGCAACGCUACGAAGCCCGACAUCCUGCAGAGAGCGUCCGUGGGCAUCAUAGACCAGAAGGCCUGCAGCGCCCUCUACAACUUCUCCCUCACGGACCGGAUGCUCUGCGCAGGCUUCCUGGAGGGCAAGGUCGACUCGUGCCAGGGCGAUUCGGGAGGACCCCUGGCCUGCGAGGAGGCCCCCGGCGUGUUUUACCUGGCCGGGAUCGUGAGCUGGGGGGUCGGCUGCGCUCAGGCCAGGAGGCCGGGCGUGUACUCCCGCAUCACCAGGCUGAAGGGCUGGAUCCUGGACACCAUGUCCUCGGGCCCCCCGCCCAGUCCUCGCCCGCCCACCACGGGACCCCCGCCCACCACCAGACCUUCCUCCAGGACGGUGGCUGGCCCCACGGUCCCAGGGGUCCUGGUCAGCAGAGCCACCCCGCGGGCCACCAGCCCGGCAACCAGCCAACCUACCAGCAGGACUGCCACCACCGUGAGCACCACCACAGAGGGACAGACACCGCUUCCAAGUGCCCCCGGCACCACCGUGGGCUUCCAGCCACCAGACUGUGGCCUGGCACCCAUGUCAGCGAUGACCAGGAUCGUGGGCGGCAGCGCCGCGGGCCAGGGGGAGUGGCCGUGGCAGGUGAGCCUGUGGCUGCGGCGCCGGGAGCACCGCUGCGGGGCCGUCCUGGUGGCAGAGAGGUGGCUGCUGUCCGCGGCGCACUGCUUUGACGUCUACGGGGACCCCAAGCAGUGGGCGGCCUUCCUGGGCACCCCGUUCCUGAGCGGCGCCGAGGGGCAGCUGGAGCGCGUGGCGCGCAUCUUCAAGCACCCCUUCUACAACCUCUACACGCUCGACUACGACGUGGCGCUGCUCGAGCUGGCGGGGCCUGUGCGCCGCAGCCGCCUGGUGCGCCCCAUCUGCCUGCCCGAGCCCACGCUGCGGCCACCCGAUGGCGCGCGCUGCGUCAUCACCGGCUGGGGCUCCCUGCGCGAGGGAGGCUCGAUGGCGCGGCAGCUGCAGAAGGCGGCUGUGCGUCUCCUCAGCGAGCAGACGUGCCGCCGCUUCUACCCGGUGCAGAUCAGCAGCCGUAUGUUGUGCGCCGGCUUCCCGCAGGGCGGCGUGGACAGCUGCUCGGGUGACGCUGGGGGACCCCUGGCCUGCAGGGAGCCCUCUGGCAGGUGGGUGCUAACUGGGGUCACCAGCUGGGGUUACGGCUGCGGACGGCCCCACUUCCCCGGUGUCUACACCCGGGUUGCUGCUGUGAGAGGCUGGAUCGGGCAGAACAUCCAGGAGUGACCGGCCGGUGGACAAGAGAGGUGAAGGCAGCAGGAAGCAGCUGACCCACCCCUCUGCCCGAGGAGGGGAGUCUGGGGCGCGAGCGGGAGGUGAGGGGCUGCGGAUAACCGGGUGCAGUCUCACUGCGUAUUUUGUUGCAAUAAACAGCCCCUCGUCCCAAGCCUGCCGGCUCAGCACCUCCAUGUCCCAGCAAGGAACCUCAGCCAGACCCGGGGUGGGAGGAAGGAUGUCAGGAGGGCCAGCGAGGCCCCCUGGGGCGAGGACCACCCUCCACGGCUUUGGCAGCGCCGCAGCUGGGGAGGGAGCUGGCCAGCCUCGUCCUCCAAGGUCCUCUUGACGCAAGCACCGCGUUCCCGGUCAUCGCGAAGGCCCAGCCGCGCAGAGGGGAGGCGGGGUGGGGGGCCGGGAGGAAGAGGCUCAGGCUGGGGGGCGCCCAGGAACACGCGCUACCCCCUCCGGCAGAGACCCCCGCAGGGCGGACCGCCCGGGUU